AUACAUUCCAGCUGGGUUUGCUUCGUGUGAAUGAGAAUGAAUAGUUAGUUUCCACGUCUGAUGUUCUUUAAUUUAAAAUAUACUGUUAACAACAACGUUAUCAGAGCUCAGCUUUGGUCUGACUGUAUCAGCAGAACAACCUGUUUUUGGACUUUGCGAUGGACGCUUUCGUCAAACUCGCAAACCAGAGUCAGGGGAGGGACCGAGUCUUCAGAGCUACUCAGUAUGCGUGUGUGCUCGCCACAUAUUUAUUGCGAAACUUUUCAGGGAAAAAACACUUCGUGGCGAGACUUAAAAACGUGGAAGCCAACAUGAGUGCUGGACGAAAAUUGUUCAGGCUGGGAAACACAGUAAGUUCCAUUGAAGCUGCUAAAUGGACCGUACGUCUCUCUGACCCAGUGUUGUGCCUGUGUCUCACUGCGGCGAACGUCAGCCGUGCACUCUACUUUUUCUGUGACAAUUUACUAUGGGCCGGAAAAGUCGGUCUUAUUGAUGAUAUCGACAAGGAACGUUGGAGCACAAAUGCGACUCAUUACUAUUUGUACUCUGUAGUUAUGAGCCUUGUCCGAGAUAUUUCUGUAAUUGCCCGUUUAAUGGUACAGAGAGUGAGAGAUAAGCAGUUUGAGAAAAGAGUGAAUUUACACCUAAGUGAAAGUCCUGAAGUUGCCGCAGUUGUCAUUCCUCAGUUGGAUUGUUUUGUCUUUGUUCUGGUUGAGAUUCUAAAAUCUCACCCCGCUGUCACCAUGGAUCUACUAAAAAAUCUAUGUGACAUUACCAUUCCCUUGGAUAGUUUGGGUAUAUACCGGUCAACUACAGGUGUGGUGGGACUCUGUGGUCUCAUCUCAUCACUGAUUGGCAUUGUAACCCUCACACAGCCCAAGUUAAAGAUGAAUCCAUGAAAACCAGGGUGCGUGUAAGCCUAACAAGUAUGUGCAAAGCGCUGACUUAAAACUGGAAUGGCAGGCUGAGGUUAAUAAGAGUGCAGUAUGUCGGACAGCAGACCACAAGCUCAUUUUUUUUUAUUCUUAAGGCACUCUCACACAUGCAGCAAAAAACCCUACAUUUUUGGGGGGUAAACAUAAUGCAAAUAACCAUAAGUUCUUUGUCAGUGUUAAUCAUCUGCAUCGCUGUAACAUCAGAAUGGGUGUAGGGUUGUCCCAGUUUUGCAAAUGUUAAAAAAUGUUGAUGAAUGACAAACUAUUCACACAUUAACCAUAAUGCCAACUGCUGCACAUGGUGUCUGUGUCUGUCCAUGCCUGGUAUUAAUGUGCUGCUUCAUACAGAAACACAAGCAGAAUUGGAAUAUGCAUGUUGGAACUGACAUUUUUACAGAUGCUCGAAACCAUGCAAUACAAACUGUUGUAUUUCAUCAAGAGGCAUAUGACAAGGUGUUACACGCAUGUAGUGGACAUACACGGGGGGGGGGGGGGGGGGUUGCACACGUGCUACACAGUUUCUAUUGUUGAUGUUAUUAAUCGAUGAAAUACUUGCCCAUCGACAAUGAAUUUCUCUGAGGUGGAGAUGAAUAACCCAAAAAAAACCAAUAA